UGAGCGACGAGCAGUAAAGAUCAGUCGGUCAACAGCAACAGCAACGGCUUUUGGGCGGUUUCCGUUGCGAGAUCAGUUUUCGGUUUUUAUCUUUCUAACAGCGUGGUGAAAUGCGAUAUAGCUAGCAGAAGUCCGUUUAGCGCGUUCCAUAUGUGUGGUUUGGUUUUGUAACGGUUGAAAUAGUUUGAAUAGAAGCUGUUGCAAAUUCCAGUUACAAGAUUGUAUGACUUUGUGGAAUUUUAUGACUAAGUGUCUUACUGAGUAAAAGGAAGAUGUAAAAGGCCAUCGAUGAGUUUUAGAUAAAGGCACAUUUUAAAACAUCAAGUCAAUUAAAAACAGCCAUGGAUAAGGGAAAGGAAUCCGAGGAGGCCGUCACCCGAAGCACCAGAUCCCGAUCGAGAACGCCGGGGCUGUUGAACCUUCGUGUCAGUGUUGAGAAAGAGUCCGUCAAUGGCGACGGAGAAUCACAUCCCGGUGGUCAAGUCAAGAAGGUUCCCAGCGUUGACACCAUUGAAGAAGAGCUGAGUUCCUCGCAAAAAUCGGCUACCGGAUCGGGCACAAGAUCCUCAACGCGGAAACUACGCACCGUUACCUCAGAUUAUUCCUCGGAUGACAUUUCACCGGAAAAGGCCCCAACCGCCUCCAAACAGUCCACCAAUUCUACAGUGACCAUUAUGGAACAAACUGUAACCGUCACAACAAGCAGCAUCAAUAGUUCGUCUGAGAAAAACAGUCAGGAAAAGGUAACAAAAUCUCCCUCCAAAAAAGAAGUCCGCCAGAAUGAAACAAAUCGGGUCCUGGAAGAUACCCGCACCGCCAUACUACGCACCAGCACCCCGAAAGAAGGUUCCAAAAGGGUGAAGAAAAUGAUUCUCACUCCGGAAGAGCUGAAGCAACAUGCCGCCUACAGAGAGUACAAAGAAGCGGGAGAGUAUUGGAACAAGUUCCCCAAAACCGAUUACACCUACUCGGAGUUAUCACCGCACCGGAGAGAGCUUGAGCACGGAUUGGUGGCCAUGCCGAACAUGUCCCGUCCGGGAUUGAAUAAACAUGCUGAGCGAAUUAACGUUAUGAUUCAGAGAAAUCCCACGCAAGAAUCAUACAUUCGACAGCGUUAUGCUGCCUCCAAGUACUCCAGUGGUGGUGCCGCCGGAGGAAGCUUUGCCCACUCCGAUCCGUACGAUUCGGGUGAAGAGCAGUUGGAUUUAUCCAGGUUUUCGCGUAGCAGCAUCCGGGGCUCCAAGAAUGUUAUUGUUGUUGAGGAGCAUCAUGCAGUCGUGAGUCGCUUCUUCCUGUCCAUCAUUAACUUCUUCUAUAGUUGCGCUCACACGAUUUCGAGGGUGUUUCGCAAAUCUGAUCAAAAUUUGUAUUACACCCGCAUUGAAGAGGAACAAGGAUUCUUCGGUCGUAUUUUCUCAUUUUUCAACACUUUACUGACGAGUAUUUUCAAAAAAGUAUAUUUGUUGAUCUCGUCCGUUCUCUUCCUGGACACCUGGUUACUCCAGACAUCUGCCGAUGAUGUGAAACAGGGCCAGCGGAAACGGAAGUUCCUUCUGUUCCUGUUGAUUCUUUUACCCUUCCUCCUGUUCGGUGCCUUUCUCCUAGCCGAAGAGGAUCAAACGAUCGUGCUACCAGCGUCGAAACGCGCCACCAUAGCGCUAUCUUCCAUUUCAGGUAUGGUCCCAUCGUUGAGUGCCGAGGACCUGGACGCAUUCCAGCGGACCCUGUUAGCUAAGCUAGACUGGCGAGAACUUCAACCACCUAGCUUUUCCUGGGCAACUCUUGUUCCCACCUUCAGCUGGAACUGGCGGCCAAGUUUCGGCUCCGGCAGCGCUAAUCCAGCACAAUACGAACGCCUGAAAUCGCAGCUCCAAAGUUCACUUACCAAGCAGGAGUACGAGGAUCUGAUGAGUCACAUUGAUUCCUAUAUCGAGCGGUUACUAACGGAGAAGUUCCUGAAGCGGGAUCAGGAAGAAACUCAAGCUAGAAAGGUCAUUAGUCCGGAGGUCACGAUACAUGUUGCUAAUGUGGUUCAGGAGAAUUUGGCGACUUACAAUUACAAACUUAGUCAGAGCGAUGUUGAGUUGGUGGCAGAGAAAGUGAGACUGCAACUUUUGAGAGACCAUCCAGAUGUGUUCAAUCCGCAGCUGAAAACUGAUAGUGGUGAUCAGGAGAAGUCAGAAAAGUUGACAAUUUCCGAAGAAAAUCUAGUGGAAAUUCAACGUUUGAUAAAGCAGCAAAUCAGUAUUACCAACAACAAUUUUAUAAUCAGCGAUCAGCAGUUGGAGGAUAUUUUGCUGAAAAUUUUGUCUUCCGAAAAGCUUGUUGAGCUAAUAGAUUCCAGAAUUUUAUUACAAAGUAAAGAUCUAAAAAGCAAGCAGGAGACACAAGAAGCUUUGAUAGAAAAUUUAAAAAAUGAAAUCAACGAAAUCAAGAAUCAUUUUACGGAAAAGCUGGCUGCCGGCAGUUUGAUGGUUGAAGACAAUCUGAAAAAACUUCGGCUGAAUCAGGACCAAUUGGCCGACCAAGUGAGAGGUUUCCGCAUCGAAAAUGAUGAGAAAUAUGUCAAGCUGCUGGCAGAUAUCGAUGCAAGAUUGGCGGCCGUAAAUCAGGAGCGCUUCUCCGGGUUGAACGAAAUUAUCAAAAAGAAUAUUGUAACCAUUUUGGGUUUGAACGUUCAGGAGGACUUUAGCGAUGAGGAUCUCAAAACGUGGAUCAGUAACCUAUUUGUUGCCAAAGAUUAUCUGGAGAAUCGACUGAAGGAGUACCAGGCGGGCGUUAAUGCCGUUAUCCAGCAGGAAAUGGAACGGUCAGCGGCCACGCUCAUGAAGGAUGUUAGCGAGAAGAUUCAGAAGGAAAUUUUGGCAGCUAUCCAAACUCAAAAGAGUGAAAUCAACCUAGAAUCUGAAACGGGACGCACUGCAACCACUGGCUCCGGUGGCAGUGGUCUUUCCGAGGACGAUGUUCGUCGGAUUGUUCGAGAUUCGUUGCGGAUUUACGAUGCCGACAAAACCGGGCUAGUUGACUAUGCUCUGGAGUCGGCCGGGGGACAAAUUUUGUCGACCCGGUGUACCGAGAAUUAUCAUUCGCAGUCGGCGCAGAUAUCGAUCUUUGGCAUCCCGCUUUGGUAUCCGACCAAUACGCCGAGGACGGUAAUUUCACCGACCAUGCAGCCGGGCCAGUGCUGGGCCUUUUCCGGUUUCCCGGGAUAUUUGGUAAUCCAGCUGAACAGCGACAUCGUCGUGACCGGCUUCUCGCUGGAGCAUAUCUCUAAACUGCUUGCCCCCAAUGGACAAAUUGAUUCGGCCCCGAAGAAUUUCUCCGUUUGGGGCCUGAUGAGCGAAAACGAUCCGGACGCGAUCCUGUUCGGUAACUACGUGUACCAGGACAAUAAUGCGGCGCUGCAGUACUUCCCGGUCGAUAAUCCGCGCCGUCCGGAGCUCGAAGGCCGCGUCUUCCGGAUAGUGGAACUGCGCAUCGAAUCAAAUCACGGGAAUCUUCACUACACGUGCCUUUACCGGUUCCGGGUUCAUGGCGAACGGCUGUGAGCCUGUUGACCAUGGCCCGCGAAUACCUUGUUGUAAAUAGUUUCAGCCAUUUGUUUUAAACCAACCUACCUAAUUUAUUCCAGUUUUGGACAGUUUUAUUUUCCAGCUGCAUAUUUUAACAUAAAUUACCAAUUGUUUAUAGCCUCCAUAUUGUUUCUGACCGUUAGUUGUAGACCAAUUGUAAGGUAUCUAGUUAGGAAGUAAAGUAAUAAGUUUUUCAAAGCCACAUGAGUUUGGUGCAAUAGGGAGACAACUUUGUAAGUUGGCAGGAUAAUUUUUGUUUUGUUCUUCUUGUGAAGAAUGUCGACAAGUCAGGAACCAAAUUCUUAGGUUAACAUUAAUAUGAUAGACUUUACCGUUAGCUCAUAAGUGCCUAGUAUUAGUAUAAUAAUACCUGAUUUACUAAUCUAAUUUUUCGGAGUCACAAAUUUCAGUGUCUAUUGAAAUUUGAGGACGCCAGCUUGCGAUAUGCCCUUUCAUUGUUUCUUUUUUUACUUAACACUCAUUGCCAGCUACUUCAUUUUCCCCAUACUAACUAUUGAAGCCUAAGUGUUAGAUUAGAUUUUUUUUAGUUCGCUUUGGUUGGAAUAUUGUUGUAUGAGCGUGAGUGUGAUUGUGAAUAAAUUGUUGAUUCUCUUAAAAACUA